AUGGGAAUCAUUGUUGUGUUUACUGUUUGCAUCAUAUUAAUAGAGAUUGCAUUCACACCUUUACAAUACUCUUAUCAAAGACUACCAUCAGUAUCUUCUAUUCUCGAUAGACAAUCACCUCAUCUUGAAGAAUCAAAUGAAUCAUCAUAUCAAUCACCACAACAACAACAGAAGAAUAAUAAUAAUAAUGAGGAUGACGAUGAAAAGAAAGGAGGAGGAUUUGAAAACUUUUAUAAAAGAAGGAAAAAGGAGUUAGCAGAAGGUAAAAAGGAAUAUGAUUACCUUAAAUUGGGAGAGUUGGGUGGACCAACUUCUACAACCACCAAGACAAAAUCAACAUCAAUGGAAUUACAACCACUAGCAACAAAUAGAAUGACAUAUCUUAGAAUGAGAGCGUAUAGGAGAAGAUUAGAGGUUGGAGAACACAAUAGAUUGAUAGAACAAUUGACAGAAGAGUACUACAAUGAAUUGCCAUGGGUGGCAAAACUUCCAAGAAAUUUUACCUACGCUGCUACUCCAAAACUGGCUGGUAAUGGUACACUUGCUGCAAUCGAUGAGUUGGAGAAUGCCAACAACAACAACCCGGGUUGGAAGACUGACCCUGACAAGAACCCAUUAUUACUCGCCAAACCAUUCAUAUUUAUACAUAUCCCAAAGACUGGUGGAACAUCACUCAUCAACCUCUUUCAAAAGAAUAUAGAGUCAUCCAGUAUCUUUCACGUACUCACACAUCCAAUGCCAGACAAAAUGGUCAAUGUCACACCAAGUCACACAAUCUUUGGACACGUCUUUUUUGGCCUGCAUCUCUACUUUCAAGAAUUCUUUGAAGAUUAUCAAGUACCAUCCAACAUACACAACUUUUUCAGCGAUGGUGAUUCAUACGACCACAUGAAUCGGUUCAGUUAUAUGACCAUGUUUCGUGAUCCCGUAGACCGGGUCAUUUCGCAUUACUACUUUCUUUUAGACAGUAAAGAUCAUCCAUUACAUCGAGAUGCGUCGUCUAGGACUCUGGAACAAUGGGUCAGCAAGAAUGCAAUCGCUGACAACGAACAGACUCGAAGAAUACUGGGUAUUUCAAGAGAGCUCAACUUUGAUCAUAGGUCCCUUCCAAUUGCCUUGCAUCACCUACAAUAG